GGAAUCUACCCUGAAGAUCAUUGCUUAGUUCUCCGAAUAUUUAAUUUUCUUAAUUAUUUGUAGAAUUUUAGAAUCGUUCAUUAGUAAACAUACUUUGUUUCCAUUGAGACUAUAUUGUAAGGAGAAAAAAGUCUGUGGUUUGAAAGUACUUGCUAUUGAGGCUUAUAAAAAGUCUGAAGAGAAUGGAGCAAUCACUGGGAAUCCUAAGAGGCUGUGCCAGGAAAAGCUCAUUGGAGACUUUCAGAAGGUACCUUUUAGGCAAGUAAGAGAAAUCUUGGAUCAUCUGGCACUUAGGAAAAAAGUUUAUUAAGUUCAGUCUAAUGUGACAUGUGGCUUGAGCCUGUAUUGCUUCACUCUUUGGUAAAUAGUGCUAGCAUUUGAUGGCCGGCUUAGCCAUUCCCCUCUUAGACAUGAAUUAGGUAAAAAGUGAGAGAUUGUGGGACACUGAGAGUAUCUUAUAUUGUUUCUUGCAUUUCUUACCUUUGUAUUGGCUGUUAGAUUUUUACUGUGGGAUUUGGAAUACCUAGAAUUUAACAUUGGUGCCUUUAUAUUUUAUAUGUGGAUUAUCCACCUAUCAUUCGCUUGGCAAAUAUACUGAACAGCAGCUGCACAAUGCAAGACAAUGGGAAUGUGAAUGAAUAAUUCAGUGUCUAUAUUUAAGCUGCUUCUGGACUAGUAGGGCAGACAAAAUUAGUAAGCCAGAGGUUAGAAUACAGCGAAAGUACAAUGACAGAGGUGUACACAGUUUCCUAUUGAAUAAAGAAGGGCACUUCAUUUUGACUGAGGAAUUUUCCUUAGGAUGAGGUAAACAUUUAAGUAGAAAAGGAAUUAAAGUAGGUAGCAUAGGAAAUUCUCAGUAUGUGGAAAAAAUAACUGGGAUAGGAAAUGAUUGUCCACUCUCUUGUACUUUCUGCAUUUCAGAAAAAUCCCUGCCCUGUAUGGCUGCUGUUGUACUGGUAUUUCAAGAAUAUUAACUAAUUUUCAUGUUACUUAAUUAAAUCUUUGGUAAAGAAUAAUAGUAGUUUAUUCUAAAUCUAAGAAAACUAAGAGUAAGUUGCCUUUUUGAGUAUUCUUAAUUUUUAAGUCUUUUCCUUGUUUUAAUUUUGAAAGAUGGAAAUAAGUUGGAAAGUCCAAGUUGAAAUUAUUCAGUCCUUUUAAGAUAACAUUACUUGUUCUUUGGAGCCAAACUGAUGUAAUUUUACAUCUGUUUUGAAGUCAUUUUCACUCCAUUUACUCAUCUGCAAAUGAAAUUGGACUAGCUAGAGAAGGUCCCUUUCAGAUCCAAAAUCCAGUGAUUAAAUUUCAUGGCUCAGCAUUAUUUAUAAGUUGUUUUAAAAGCUUAGAGGAAAGAAUCUACCUUCUGGUAUCAGAAAUUUUGUCCUUAACUACCCAAAUCAUGUAGCAUGCUUAAUGCCUCUUUCUGUCCUCCCCUCCCUCUUCUGGCAUUGUUUCUGUAUAGUGAUUGGUGAUCCCUAAGAUACAGUAAGAUUCAGAUGUUCAUCUCUUGAAAAAUAACCUGAAUCUUGACUUCUAGAAAUCAUCUUCCCAUGAAAAAUUUCUUCUGUGUAAUGUUAGAAUAUUAUUUGAAUUUAGAGUAUGCCUGUUUUCUGAGUCAGCAGUAAAUUUGGUUUAUUACUUUUUGGGUAAAUAUUGCUCAGAAUUGAUGUUUCUCUAAGUCAAUGUCUUUAUAGUGCUGUGUUCUUACACUUCAAUCCCAAGAACAUAUAACUUAACUAAAGCUUAAAAAAAAAAUUGCUUAUUUCUUGAUCUCCAUUUGGCAAUGUCUCUACUCUAUUGAUUUAUCUUACAUGUUCAUUAUCUGGUUCUUUAACUAUCGUUAAUAUUGCUAUAGUGAAGUAAUAGAGUUAGUAGCAAUUUCAUGUUCAGAAUCUUCUCAUUUUGCCUUGUAGAUCCUUUUUCUGUCCUAAAGCAAUAUUGCGUAGCUCUUAGCCACACAAGUGAAUUGUUGGUUAAUUUAAAAGAAACCUAGAAAGUAGUGGCUGUAUCUAAAAAGAAGGAAAAUCUAGAUAAUAUCACCUACUGCAUUAUUUUUGGCUGCAAAAGUGGAAGAACAGGCUCGAAAACUUGAACAUGUUAUCAAAGUAGCACAUGCUUGUCUUCAUCCCCUAGAGCCACUGCUGGAUACUAAAUGUGAUGCUUACCUUCAACAGACUCAAGAACUGGUUUUACUUGAAACCAUAAUGCUACAAACCCUAGGUUUUGAGAUCACCAUUGAACAUCCACACACAGAUGUGGUGAAAUGUACCCAAUUAGUAAGAGCAAGCAAGGAUUUGGCACAGACAUCCUAUUUCAUGGCUACCAACAGUCUACACCUUACCACCUUCUGUCUUCAGUACAAACCAACAGUGAUAGCAUGUGUAUGUAUUCAUUUGGCUUGCAAAUGGUCCAAUUGGGAGAUUCCUGUGUCAACUGAUGGAAAACAUUGGUGGGAAUAUGUCGAUCCUACAGUUACUCUAGAAUUACUAGAUGAGCUAACACAUGAGUUUCUACAAAUAUUGGAGAAAACACCUAGUAGGUUGAAGAGGAUUCGAAACUGGAGGGCCAAUCAGGCGGCUAAGAAACCAAAAGUAGAUGGACAAGUUUCAGAAACGCCACUUCUUGGUUCAUCUUUGGUCCAGAAUUCCAUUUUAGUAGAUAGUGUUACUGGUGUGCCUACAAACCCAAGUUUUCAGAAACCAUCUACAUCAGCAUUCCCUGCACCAGUCCCUCUAAAUUCAGGAAGCAUUUCUGUUCAAGACAGCCACACAUCUGAUAAUCUGUCCAUGCUAGCAGCAGGAAUGCCAAGUACCUCAUACAGUUUGUCAUCACACCAAGAAUGGCCUCAACAUCCAGAAUCAGCAAGGACAGAACAGAUGUAUUCACAGAAACAAGAGACCUCUUUGUCUGGUGGCCAGUACAACAUCAACUUCCAGCAGGGACCUUCUGUGUCACUGCAUUCGGGAUCACAUCACAGACCUGACAGAAUUUCCGAUCAUUCAUCCAUUAAGCAAGAAUAUACUCAGAAAGCAGGGAGCAGUAAACACCAUGGACCAAUUUCUGCUACUCCUGGAGUCAUUCCUCAGAAAAUGUCUUUAGAUAAAUACAGAGAAAAGCGUAAGCUAGAAACCCUUGAUCUGGAUGUAAGAGAUCAUUAUCUAGCCGCCCAGGUAGAACAGCAGCACAAACACGUGCAGUCACAGUCAGCCAGCAGCAGUUCUGUCACUUCUCCCAUUAAGAUGAAAAUUCCCAUCACAAACCCCGAAAAACCUGAAAAAUACACAGUGGAUAAGAAGGAAAAGAGUGGAUCACUAAAAUUACGGAUUCCAAUACCACCCGCUGAUAAGAGUGCCAGUAAGGAAGAACUGAAAAUGAAAAUAAAAGUUGCUUCCUCAGAAAGACAUAGCUCUUCUGACGAGGGCAGCGGGAAGAGCAAGCAUUCCAGCCCACAUGUUAGCAGAGACCAUAAGGAGAAGCACAAGGACCAUGCCGCGAACCGCCACCACCCCAGCGGGCACAAGCAUUCCCACUCCCACAGUGGCAGCAGCAGCGGUGGCAGUAAACACAGUGCCGAUGGAAUCCCACCCACUGUUCUGAGGAGUCCUGUUGGCCUGAGCAGUGAUGGCAUUUCCUCUAGUUCCAGCUCUUCGAGGAAGAAGCUGCAUGUCAAUGAUGCAUCUCACAACCAUCACUCCAAAAUGAGCAAAAGUUCGAAAAGUUCAGGUAGUUCAUCUAGUUCUUCCUCCUCUGUUAAGCAGUAUAUAUCCUCUCACAACUCUGUUUUUAACCAUCCCUUACCCCCUCCUCCCCCUGUCACAUACCAGGUGGGCUACGGACAUCUCAGCACCCUCGUGAAACUGGACAAGAAGCCAGUGGAGACCAACGGUCCUGAUGGCAAUCACGAGUACAGUACAAACAGCCAGCAUAUGGACUACAAAGACACAUUCGACAUGCUGGACUCGCUGUUAAGUGCCCAAGGAAUGAACAUGUAAUCAUUUGUUUAGGUCCAUUUUUCCUUUACUUUUUUAAUUUAAAAAUGGUUAGAAUGGAAAACUUCCUCCUGAUCUAGCAGUGGUGACACCUGCUAUUGCUGCCACUGUUUCAAUAUUUGUAAGUGCUGCUUUAUUCUUCAUUCUGAAAAGAAGAGAUUAUAGUAAACAAGUCUUUAUCUCCACAUAUGAUAGUGUUAUAAAUACUGUAAAAGCAUGGAAGGUGCAAAACUCAGUAUUUCUACAAUUGCAGCUAAGAACAUUAGGAUGAAUGGCUGGCUGCUUCUAGGAAUAUAAGAUGCCUCAAGCAUUCAUUAUUUAUAAUUUGAAUACUGUAGCUAUUUUAUGUUGUUGUUGCUUGGCUUUCGAAUGAGUGUAAAUUGUUUUCUUUUUGUGUAUUUAUACUUGUAUGUAUGAUUUGCAUGUUUCGAUGAUAAAGGGAUAAAACAGUAUACUGACAACUGUUUACAAGAAAGUGGAGAAAAAUGUACAUACAUUUUUGUAUGUUUAGAUAUUACCAUAAAUACUCAGGAUUGGAGCUGCUUGUAAGUAUAACAAUAUAACUUUAUUUUAUCUUGUCCGAGUCCAUCACUAAUCUAAAACAAAGGUGGCACUUUUUCAUGUUAACCUUAAACUCUAGGCCUUACUGGAAGCCACUGAAGGGGGACACUUCACUACAGAUGGGUAUGCAGUGCCACAGAUGGUCAUUUAUUUACACUGUGAGGCACUGAACUUUUGCCUUCAGAGCUUCUGACCAGGUUGGCUGCUGAAAUAGCCCCUACUUUUCUGAAGGCUUGAAGAGGAAAAAAAUAAAGUUUACAUACUCUUGAUGUGAAGUGCAUUUUAAAUGUGUGUUGGCUUGUUGCAGUACUAUAAACACAGAGCUGUUAAUAAUGGUUAUGUAGAUUACUGUGAUUUGAAAACUAAACUCACAAAAACUUAUAUAGUGAAGAAUUAGUAAGUUUUUUUCUUAAAUAAAGAACUUUAACACUACAUAUUUUACCAGUAAACAGGGAUUGCUUUUCCUUUAGUGUUCAGAAUGACACCAUAUUCUUAAACAUACUCCUCCCCUGAAGUGUGUUCGUGUGUGAUGCCAUAUUUCUUUUUCAGGUAAAUGCAGUCUUCCUUAUAGAAAUGAAAUUAAACCUGUCGCUCUCUCGGUUCUUUUAUAUUCUUCUAACAAUAAAUACAAAGUAAAGAUCAUUGACUGUGCAUCGUACCUAUAUAUACAGCUUAUGGUUGUUACCAAGAAGCUCUGUGAGAAAAAAGGGUUAGCCUCCAGGUGAACAGCUAGUGGAGGUUUUCCGUUUGUUGCACAUCCCAGUAUAUUCCUGUUGAGGUCAGGUUUGCACAGUCAUCUAACUUCUGAACAAACAAUAGACUUUAACUUGUUUAAAAUUUGUCUGAAACACCAAUAAUGUGGCUCCAGUUUCUCAGCUAAUCUUGAAUUUAUUCUGUGGUAAAUCUUUGAGCUGUUGAGUAUCUUUAGAUGGGGUGAAUUCAACUUUUGUUGAACUAAAAACUGUCUUAAUUUUUUCCUUUAUGUAUAUGAAUUAUUUUUGUUAAAAAGCCACUGAUACGUGCACAAUUGUAAUUUUACUCAAGUAUGUUGCAGUUGUAAAUAUUAGAGUUUAAUCUCGUGCUCUACUUUAUUUAGCAAUUACUUAAUUUGCCAGUAGCUCUAUAAUUUUUUUUAAGAUAAUUGUUCAUUAUUUUGUCAAUGCUAUUUGAACUUAGGAUACUAGGAGCCUCUUUCCAGGGACUUUGCCUAGGGAGCAUGUCCUAACAUUUGUUCUUGUCUUGCAUAACUUUAGUAAUCUUUGUCAUUACGUGUAACUUUGUUGCUCUGUAUGGCAUAUUAUUGUAUCCAUAAACACAGUAAUUUUGAUACAGUUCUACUUUUACAGUGGUACAUAAUUCGAGGACUAGUAUAGAAUUAAGCUGAGUGCAAGAUGAGGGAGGGAAGGGUUUUGUUCUUGGUAAUUUAGAUGUGAAACCUCUAAGGAGCUAUCAUGUGAAACGACAUAGGGUGGUUGUGCUACUGUAUAAUUGGGGAUGAUAAUACCAGGAAUUUUAAUAAGAUUUUGUAAAGAGUAUCCAAAAAGUAGUGAACUUAUUUUCAGUAUGACAUAGAAACAAUGUGAAUAUUUAAGGUCUGUGACUAUACUUAAACUUCACUAAGAAUUUGCAGAACUGUUUCGAGAUGUGGGAAUAAAGGUAAUUUUGUUGAAUCUUUAUUGGUGCUAAUGAUGGACAGUUUAAAAGGUAGCUAGUAUAUAUUGUUAUGGGUCAGUACUUAUUAGUACUUCCAGAAUUGAAUUUGAAAUGCUAUGUAUUCACUUUUCACUCUGUAAAUGUAAUUCUUUACGAUGACUUUAUUUAUUAAAGGGCAGCCAGUUGUAAUUUGUACAGGAUUGUGUGAGCUAUUCAAACUCUUUAACCUCUGAACAGGAUUAUAGCUUCCAAAUGCACCGUGGGGAUGAAUAUGAAAAUCCUUUUAAGUUUCAUUUCCAUUAAAUGAAAACCCCUAUUACUCAUAUUACUGUUAAUUUGCUUUACCCAUCUCAUUUGCAUAAAAUAGUUCAUCAGCCUAGUCCCAAUAGGCUCAACCAAAGAAAAAGACUCCAAUGAAUGGACGUUAUUACCGAGUCUUUUUGUAAGUAGCCAUAAGUAAACCAAAAUAGUAUCAUCAAAUUUAGGUAUGAAAUUCCACAUGUGCAAAGUACUGUUAAGGUGAUUUACAUUUUUGAUGAGAUUUUUUUUAAAUAUUUGAAAUAUUAAAAAGCGUUAUCUUUAAACAUCCUUUAAAAGAGUGAUUCAUUUUUUUAGUUGUCUUUUCCCUAGGUCAUAGUUUUCUUACCUUUAUGCAGAAGCACAUUGCAUAGAAAGGCUUUACUUCUACCUCUCUAAGUAGUUUUCCAGUAUUGAGCUGUGCCCCCCUAUAUAUUUGCCUUAGCUACUUUAAAAUAUGCUUUCGGAACCAAAAAGCAAAGGAGAGUUUGUUUUUCACUGAGACAUUCUUGGAGGCCUGCUUAACCAAACUAGUGGUGAUAUCCUUUAGUGGUACAACCUUGCAAAAUGCCCCAAUUCCUUCUUGUUUUACCUGAGGUUCGUUUCUUAAGUUUGUCUUUGGAAGCAGUUAAAGGUGCGUCUUGGUCUUUCUCUGCAUGUGCAGAUGCAUUCUGGUUAGAAUCGUUGAUCCACAUUUCUUCCAUGCCAUGUGAGAGGUGCUUGCAUCACUUUGUUACCAACAGGUUAUAAUUAGGGUAGGAGACCUUAUUUUUGGCCUACCCUCCUCCAACUUAACGAGAUGACUAGUCUCCUUCAGAGAACCAAAUUUUAAAUGUGUUUGUUAGUUACCAGUUGCCUUGCCUUAAAGCAUUUUGAGCACAUUUUUUGGUUAGAUUUGAGAAUUUAAAUUGCUGAUUUUUAUUCUUUAACCAACCUUAGAGAUAAACCACUGCUUGCCUAUGCAUCACUGUUGUGUACUGUAGAAUUAUCUUUGGUUGAUCAGAUAUUUUAGGGUAUUUUGCAUUUACUACGGAAAUAAGAAGGGUUGUUUUGGGGUUUGUUUGUUUACAUGGUAGUAGUAUCUCUAAAGGAAGACAGUUAUGUUCUCAAGACACCUCAUCAUUCCCAAAUUUUAUCUAAUCAGUGAGCAGUUGUUUCUUGCCUAGUACUGUGCACUUUUAAGAUCUCUUUGCUGAGGAACAUUAGAGAGCCCUUGUGGAAGAAUUCUUGAUUCAGCAGUCUCUUGCUCAAGAGGCUUUCUUGGAAGGCAAUAGGGUUUGCUAACUGUAUUUACAGAUGAAGGCUCAGUUAAUCCCAUGCCCAGGUAACUUGCAUUAACUGAGCUAACAGAAUGAUACUUGUUAAUUUUGUGUACCCAUGUAUUUAUGAUAGGCGAUUUAGAAAACAGCACAUUCUGUCUCUGGCGUCCUAGGGUGUGAAGUUAUGAUACCAUCGUAUUGAGAAUUCACAGUUACGUUAAGAUCUGAAAUUUGAUUGCUGUAAGCUGACGUAUGUAAGUCAAAUAGAAGUUUGCUUGUUUUGUAAGGGAAGUUUGCCUUGGAAACGUCUGUCUUUAUAAUAGAGAUGAUCUUGCCAGUGGGACUGGAAUGCUCAGUGUUUGAGGUCUGAUGCCGUGCAUCUAUUUUUUAUUCCACAAUGUUGAUGUGUGCGCUGCCAGCUUUUGUUUCUGUGACUCCUCUUAACUCUGUUCUAUGUAGUUUACUAGUAUCUAUUUUCACCUGACAGAUUCUUUAGACUAGGUUGAUAAGCAAGACACAUUGAAGGUUGUGUGGCUCCAGCUACGAGUAAUUGUGUUUUCAUCAAGGUGAGGUAACCCAUACCCUGUGAUUCUUUAACCCCAAAGGAAAUUCUGAGGGCUAAUUUUCUUUAUUUCAAGCUUUUGGGAGGAAGCCUUCCUUAAAAUUUGUUUAGUAGUUGGUUUAAUUUGAUUGCCUGUUGUUUGUUAAGUAAUGAGUACGUUCUUUCUUUCAAGGUAUGUUUUUCAAGUGGAUUUACUUGGUUUGUAAAACCUCACUUGUACUCAUUUGUUGUCAGCAACGAUUGGGAUUUUGUUUUCUGAAUGUACUCAAAACCCCCAAGGACUACUGAAUAGGGUGUUUGCUAAUAGAAAAUCCAAAACAGGAAUGUGUAUAUGUGGCAUGAAUUUGAUUAGUCAUUGAAUUUCAGCUCCGUAUCUAUUACGAGGAAUUAUUAAUAAAAUGUGUUUAUUGAAAAUGUCAA